GACACGUUAGGGUAUCACACAGGCGGCAGCGUGUGGCUGACGCAGCGGCACAAGCGGAAGGAUGGCGGAGGCCUCGGAGAGGCUUUACCGGGUGGAGUACGCUAAGAGCGGGCGCGCCUCUUGCAAGAAAUGCAGCGAGAGUAUCCCCAAGGACUCGCUCCGCAUGGCCAUCAUGGUGCAGUCUCCCAUGUUCGACGGAAAGGUCCCACACUGGUACCACUUCUCCUGCUUCUGGAAGGUGGGCCACUCCAUCCGGCAGCCUGAUGUUGAGGUGGACGGGUUCUCUGAGCUGCGAUGGGACGACCAGCAGAAGGUCAAGAAGAUAAGGGAAAUAUGCAAAUUCAUCUUUGAUUCUGCAGUUGUAAACUGCUCCAAAGGGUUCCUCACUAAUAGACAAGGGAGCAACCUAAUUAUAUUCUUUGCUGUCUGGGCCUAA